AUGUACAUCACCCUUCCCAACCACAUCAAGGUCUACUACCGCGAGGCCGGGUCGCCGACCAAGCCGACCAUACUCCUCCUGCAUGGCUUCCCUUCGUCGUCCCACCAGUUCCGCAAAUUGAUGCCGACCCUGGCCGCGAAAUAUUACGUUGUCGCGCCGGAUUUGCCAGGCUUUGGCUUCACCGAGGUGCCGGCCGAGUCAGGCUUCAUAUAUAGCUUUGCCAACAUCGCCGACACCAUCGGCUCGUUCUUGGACACUCUGAAGAUCACCAAGUUCGCGGUAUACAUCUUCGACUACGGCGCUCCAACGGCUUUCCGUCUCGCUCUCGAACGCCCGGAUGCCAUCACGGCCAUUGUGUCGCAGAACGGCAAUGCCUAUGACGAAGGGCUCGCCCCCUUCUGGGAAUCUUUGCGCGAACUGUGGGCCGCGCCACAUGGCUCCGACGAGGAGAAGAAGGUCCGCGAAUCGGUGCGGGAUGCAGUCCUGACCUUCGAGGCAACAAAGGCCCAGUACCUGGUCGGCGAACCGGAAGCCGAAAAGAUCGACGACCCGGCAUCGUACCACCUCGAUUGGGCCUUGCUGUCGCGACCAGGCAACCAGGAGAUCCAGCUUGACCUGUUCAAGGACUAUGCGAGCAACGUCGCCCUAUACCCAAAAUUUCAAGAAUAUCUCCGCAACACCCAGGUCCCUGUGUUGGCGGUCUGGGGGAAGAAUGAUUUCAUCUUCGCCGCCCCGGGGGGGGAAGCGUUCAAGAGGGAUGUCAAGGAUGCAAAGGUCGUCUUGCUAGAUGGUGGGCACUUCUCGUCCGAGAGUCAUGCAGAGGAAAUUGGGCAUCUGAUAUUGGAGUUUUUGCAACAACACCGGAUCUAA